AUGUCGAGUUUUAGAAAGAAUAGUGGCGGAUUAAAUGGUGCAAUCAUUGAUGAUAGGCAUGCAGUUAUAAAUGGAAAUCAUAAUGAAUCGACACCAUUGGUUUCAAGAGAUGGCGAGAAGAAAUUUUUACCAAUACCUUCAUUUUGGAAUACAGUUAAAGCAUUUGCAGGUGCUGGUUCAUUUGCAUUACCAUGGGCAGUAAUGAAUGCAGGUUUAUGGAUUGGCUCAAUUGGUUUAGUAUUGAUUGCAAUCUUAUCAAAUUAUACGAUGAAUAUAUUAUUAAAGUGUUCAAUUAAAAUGACAGAUGAAAAGAUAGGGCCAGAAAAACCAAGUUAUGCAGAUUUAGCUUCAAGAGCUUUUGGUAGAUGGGGUGAAUUAUUUGUUUGUUUUAUGAAUUUCUCAGUAACAAUGAGUAUUUGUAUAUCAUAUCUUAUUUUGAUUGGCCAAAAUUUAGAUGAAUUUACACACAUUGGUUAUAUUCCAAUGAUUUGGAUAGUUUUACCACUUAUAUUAUUAUUAACAUUUUUAACCGAUAUGAAAUACUUGGGUUUUACAUCAAUUUUUGGAGCACUAUCAUUAAUUUUAGCAAUGGUCACAAUUGUUACAUAUGGUAUUAGAGAUAAUCAUGUUCAUCCAUUAAAAGACUAUACAUUUGAUUUCAAAAAUAUUCCAUUAUGGUUUGGUAAUGCAGCUUUCUUCUUUUGUAAUCAUAUUGUUGUAAUUCCAGUUAGUCACGCAAGCGGUGAUAACAAGAAAUAUCCAAAGGUAUUAGACUUUGCCAUGAUUUUUAUUACUAUCAUCAAUACCGCUUUUGCAGUAAUUUGUUAUCUUUAUUAUAAUUUCACUAAUGGUGGUAUUCCAUCUGCUAUCAUCGAUGUUCUUCCAAAAACUGGUGUUUUUGCUAGUAUUGUACGUGCCUGUGUUAUUUUAGAGUUAACCUGUUCAUUCCCAUUAAUUUUUGCUGCUGGUAUUAAUGUUGUUGAUUCAACGAUCAAAUGGUUCCACAAACAUUUUAAUGCUUUUCCAGAGUUAGAGUCAACUUCAAAUGCCCCAUUUUUAUCUAAAAAUUGGAAAUUCUACUUAAUUCGUAUCAUCUUUUGUUCUGGUUUGGCUGGAUUGGCUUCAGCCAUUACUAAUUUUGGCAAUUAUACCUCUUUAAUUGGUUCUCUUAUGUUGGCUAUUGCUGGUUUUGUUGUACCACCAUUACUUUCUCUUAAAUUCUUCCCUGAACAAAACCUAGCCUGGAAAAUUUUCCAUAUUGUUGUUACUAUAUUUGGUGUUGUAGCAACAGUACUUGGAACCUAUUUAUCAAUCAAGGGUUUCAUUAACUAA